CUGCGAGAGUUCCUGAGCGACUGAUAACGUCCCUUGAUAUGUGUAUUGCGUAGUCCUGCAUCGAUCGGAGCUGCAGCCAGAAGAGCCUCUCGGCCGCUGUCUGACCGACCAAAAUUGCGUCUUGCUCACGUUGACUCCAUCUGCUUACUUCCCCAUGACACAACAUCAUUUCACGAAUUGACACCAGUCGCGUGCACCGUUUCAACUGUUGUUCGAGUCCUGUCACUAGAGCCGUUGAAUUGCCCAGUGUAUCCUUUUGAACUUCAAGGGUCGUUUUCACCAUUGCGGUAGGACGGGCUAUCUGUUUCGUAUAACUCCCGUUCACUCUUGGCGAUAGUUUCAGCGACCCCGCCAAGCCUGUUUCAACCACCAAGUCAUGCCUAACUCUAACGAUUUGUACAACACUGAUGGCGAUUCGGACAAUGACUUCGCAGACCAGCUGUCACCCUCAGAUGGCUACUUUGCCUCGGGCUCGUCGUCUAAUGCUGUACCUAACGUCCCAAAUGUGAUCGUCCCUGACCCCACAGCCCGGGAGUCCAAGUCCAAGGCCGUAGAGUCCAAGGCCGCAGAGUCCAAGGCUCAAGAGGCAAGGCAGGAAGCUCUAUUAAAUAACCGUGGUGACCUUCAACCUCAAGCAUUGUCAGCUAGUGACUUUUUGUCUCGUGCCGAGCAGAGCUCUGCCCCAUCCUCAAGGUCUGAUUUUACAAUCCCAGCCCAGUACACGCCACCUACAUCGUAUGCUCCAUCGUCAUCUGCAUAUAUAUCGUCAGCAACACGACAGCCAUUACGAACACACCAGGCAGCAGCGCGUACCCCUUCUCUAUAUUCGGAGGCGCCUCCAGCGUACACACCCUCUCAGGCCACGCCCCUCUCGCCCACAGCACAAACCAAUCAGAGUAACCAAGGUGGGAACUAUAACACCUUCUCGCCUAACAUGGGUGUCGAAAAUGAGCGGCUUCUGGGGAGAGAUCCCGAAAGUAUGGCUGAACCAGACGGCGAACAAUUACACUCACCCCGUUGGAGUAGACGAUUCAGGAAAAGGCUCCCACUUUGGCUGAAUUGGAAGAUCGUGCUCUUUGCUCUAGUUUUGAUGGUAGUGGCUAUUGGCUUCUUGACCAGUGGCUAUAAAGCUAUCAAAGAUGACAAUAAAAAGACAAUUACACCAACCUUGCCUAAUAAUGGUACCACAAGGCCCUCUGAUCCGACUGAACCAACUGAGCCGGAACAACCCUCACAACCUGCUCAGCCAGGCUCACCUGCAAAAGACCCCUUGGUGUCUACAUACUGCCUAAACGCACAGUAUCGCUUCCCUGACCAGAUCUUGGCUGUUGAUUUCAGCCAAGGACAGAACCUUACUUUCGUUCAAGACAUGUCUAGCAAUGAGGGGAACGUGAAUGUCAAGGUCGGUGGCCAAGUUAACAUAAGAAAACUUGACGAUGGAGGCUAUCCACGAGUAGUUUUGGAACUUGUCACCAAUGAUGACAUGCUUCGGCUCGACUCUCUGGUUGACCAAGAUAACCAGGCGAUGAAAAUCAGCAUUCCCAAGAAAUUUCAUUCCGACAACACGGAAGAGCCACCGUGCGUAGAAAUGCGAGCGACCAUUUGGGUUCCUGAGAAUGGCAACUUGGAACAACUCCGUGUUCAGGUGAUCCACCUCGACAUCCUGACACUGGACGACUUAUCUAUCCAUGUUAGUGACUUUUCGAAGUUAUCUACUAUUGUGGGCGAUGUUGUCUCGGGUGCCACUAAGCCACGGACUUACGAGCUUCCUGGAUUAUCCUCGGACGAUACCCCCGACUUCGUCUUCAUCCCAGCAAAGCAAUCAUAUACUUUAGACUCGAGGAUCAUCGAAAUCGGAAGCACAACUGGUGACAUUGUUGGAAAUUGGCCCCUGUAUGAUCUCCUGGGUCUACAUGUUACGUCGGGCAAUAUCAAAUCCAGUAUCACGCCCAAACCUGUUUUGGAGUCAAAUCCCAAAUCGGCGGUGCUUUCAGUAAGCUCGGUUUCUGGAUCAAUCCACGCCAAUGAGCCUAUCCAUGAGCAGAACAACAUCCCUAUCCGCGAUUAUCUGGUUGAUAUCAAGUCGACAUCCGGUGGCAUUCGUGCUGCGUUGGCCUUUGGAGAAGGCAUUGAGCUGAAGAGUACAGCGAGUGACAUUGCAGUCGAUCUACUCCCAGUCUUUGAUGCGGAUAAACUUUCGCCUACGAGCCCAGCUCAACUUGAGACGGUGACAACUAGUGGCAACACAGCCGUUCGCAUUCUAGAGCCGAUAUGGUUUGGUCAACGGGCUGCAGCUGGUACACCUAACCUCGACUGCCUCCAGGCGGUGCACAAAUCCACCAGUGCAAAUGUUGGACUGAAGUACCCCCAGUCAUGGACGGGCAAUCUCGAGGCAGAGACGACAUCUGGUAAACUCAAGAUCCACGGCAAAGACGUGAGAGUCACAAAAUCCAUUGGCGGAUGGGGCAGGAACCUACUUGAAGGCUACAAGGGCAAGAACGGCGGUGGCUCGACCAUAUCGGUCAAAACCAUGCUUGGAAGCUUAGAUGCGUUGAUUGGUGAUGAGAGAUAACACAUGCUUGGAGAACUAGUGUGGCAUAUGAUCGUGUAAGAGGGGGAAGUUGUAAUGAUUAGAACGAACAAAUACCCAGCAUUCGCUAAGUUCAUUGGCCAUUGGCGUUACGGUUGUCUCGAGGCAGGAAGGGGCAGGUUUAUGUUAGCCUCCAUCAGUAGAUAUAUGGUACUCGAGAAGUCACAAAUUUUAGAUUGGCUAGCAUAGCCUAGGCCAUGAUAAUCGCAUGUCUACUCAUCGCCGGAACUAAACUGUGAGCACGGUUUGCCUGUAGCCACGACUGAUACAUCAGGAACUUCCUGGCACUCGCAGACACUAAGUUGCAGCAGGCAGCAGACAAUAGGCUUCAGGUCACGAGCUGCUUGCCGCUUGGCAAGCUGAAUGGCCAUGUAACUGAGGACGGUGCUGACGCCACUGAAUCGUUCAUGCGUAGCGCAGUCAUCGAGCAGAAUUUCUCUUUUGGACAAUAAAGACUACGG